GGCAUGUGUGACUCCAAAAUCUAUACAAUAAUUCAAUCUAAAUAAAAAUAAAGUAGUUUCUCUGAAGAAAUUGUGCUUCAAGACAUUUGAAUCUCAGGGAUAACAGAAAGCUGAGCUUAUCAAGAAUAAAAUGUCUUGGAUAAUUCACCUGGAAAAUGUCAUCCAAGGAUUGUGCUUCUGCUUAAUGCUCUCGGUUUUUCACCUGCCUGUAAUAAAAUCCUCUAAUAUUUUACUUGGGACUGAAGGAAAGCCCAUCACCUUGUCUUCAAGUACAACUAAUAUCACGGAUAUUGAAAGUAUAACAUGGAAAAGAGAUGGAAACACAAUUGUAAUGUCUACCCAGAAGGCUCCAGCUCCAGAUUGGAGAGAGAGAGUACAGCUAAAUAGUAAUGACUGGUCUUUAACAAUCCACAAACUACGACUAGAGGACAGUGGAGAAUACAAGCAGGUGAUUACAACUUCAAGAAACCAGCUUCCUGUUUACUGUGUCACACUUCAGGUAUAUGAAAAAAUUAAAGAAAUUGUGAUCAACAUAAACAGAAGUGAAGCAAGUGGUAACAACACUUGCAAUAUUAUUCUGCUCUGCAACUCCAACACCCACAAUCAGGUCAGUUACAGCUGGAUCAAACCAGAAUCAUUUAAAGGUGACACCUCCAGGAGCCAAGAUGGAAAACUCGACUUGUCACUUAGCCGUGAAGAUAAAGACAUUGUCUUCACUUGCCAGGCUAGUAAUCCUGUGGAUAACAUCAACAAAAGUGUACAACCUUGGAAGGAAUGUCAGCAUCAGAAUAAAAGAGUGUCUUAUUUACUGCUCAAUAUAAUUAGAAUUUUUGUUGGAAUUAUGCUUCUUGUUUUGUUGGCCAUUAUUGUGAAUGACUGUUUCUGGAAGAGACUGGUGUCAUCUCACAAAGCUGAUUCUUCAAUUUAAGAAUGGGCAUGAAUCUCUUUAAGAUUUAAAAAUAAACUUAAUCUUGGUUUAUGAUAUGAAAUGGAAGAACCUCUUGAGUCAGCAUUAAAGUCCAAAAAGUAAAAGAAAGCCCAGCCUGACAAAACAAGGUCUUUGUUGGCCAGCUGAGUCCCUAUCAUGGAUUCUUUCCUCAUUUCUGUGUUGGGAAUGCCUUCUUUACUUUGACUGUGUUAUUUUUGUCUUUCAUUU